AUAACAUAAACAAACCAUAAAAAAUUUAAAUGUCCAAUUUUUACACUGUUAUUCUAAUCUUUUCUCCAAAAAUUAUGACAAAAUUGACAAAUGUCUGGGAUUUUAACGCGAAUUUUUACACGGACAAAAUUGCCAUAUUUUCAAGGCAUAUUUCAAAACACUAGAUCAUCUUUUUGGCUCCUUUCUGUGAAAUACUGCAAGCAAAUGAAACGAGUAAUUCUAUGUGAAUCUGAAUUGGAAGAAAAAUUUGUGAAAGGGUUUGGAAAAGGUGGCCAGAAAGUGAACAAAACUAGUAAUUGUGUGGAACUCAAACAUUUACCAAGUGGAAUAACUGUCAAGGUGAAUAUAUUGUCCAACCUUGCAAGCCAGGGUAAUUUCAGUCGUUUGUAGGGGGUCAGUCCCCCCGCUGCAAAAUCCCCCAAGAAAGACCCUAGCUUGCGAGGUGAAUAUCUUGUCCUGUUGUGUCGAACACUUGGACGAACAGUAGUUGGAGGUUCAACUCGUUCUCAAGUUGUCAGAUUAUAUGUCACUUCCGUCAGCUGGGCUAGUGCCACAAUUUCACUCCCUCUCUAUUGUAGUCUAGUUUAAUUUCCAUGUAAUAUGUGUAAUGUUAGGGAUUGGUUAAUAUAUAAUUAAAAAACAUUGCAGGGUUUUUUAUGGUACUCUGGUUUUCACUGUAGUAACACUGGACCAAUAAGAAAUAAAUGGUUGUACUGGACCUCUAGUGUUAUCCCAUUAAGUUGCAUUGCACUCCACUUUAUUAUUUCACUGUCUAACACCAGACAAUUUCACCUGUCUAGGGGAGGAUGCUGGUGCUCAAUGGGUUAAUAAAGCAAGUUUAUAAUAAUAGUUUUGUUUGUGGAAACACCACGUAAAUUUAUUACUGCAAAGCUUUCGAUCUCUAAGCCCGGAUCUUCAUCUCGAGCCAACAGAUCACGACACUUUUGUAUAUAAAAAAGGGUGUGUGAAUUAAACAAGUCACAUAUUAUUAGCACUGAUGAAGAUCCGGGCUUACGGAUCGAAAGCUUUGCAGUAAUAAAUUUACGUGGUGUUUCCACAAACAAAACUAUUAUAUGUUUUAUCGCCAUGCAAACAUACAAAGAACUUAAAGCAAGUUUAGUUUAAUGCCUUUCAGGGGAGGGUGUGAGCUGUAGUUAAAAUAGCAUAUAUUUUUAUUGCUUCUAUCAUGAAACAUGCAAAACAUAAUUAUAUAACAUCGUCCUAUUCUUUUUAGUGCCAUCAGACAAGAUACUUGGAAAGAAACAGAACACUCGCUCGGGAAAUACUCCAAGAAAAACUAGAUUACUUUUACAAUGGAAAGGAAAGCAAAGUAGCGAAGAACUGGGAGAGAAUAAGGAAACGAAAAGCAGAUUACGUGAGAAAAAGAAACAUCAAGAAUGAGUUAUUAGAACUGAAUAAAAACUCAGAAGACAAUAAUCAAAAUAAUAAUUAAUCUACAAAUUAAGUUGGUUAAAUUUCUUUAUUGUAAAUACAGUAUAUGUGGCAAUGUUUUGAAGAAGAAAUACUUGUUUGUUGUUUUUGAUUUAAACUAGUACUGCCCAAGCAUAUGUAGUCAAUGUUUUUGUCAAAGUAGAUUUCACACAAACAUAAUUCAGCUGGUGAUUUCAUGUAGUAACUGCUGUCAUCUUUUGGGGCUCAAUUUUGUAUGUGUGACAUCUGUUGACAAAACAUCACAAUAGCAUAAUAAGUUCUCUCUUUCAUUUAUUUUUCAUGACCCUCCAAUCACUUGUGUGUCACUUUAAAAUACAUCAGGUUAUUGGUUUAGCAUUAAUAUAUGCUGUUAAAUAAAGUUUGUUGCCAAUUGAUUCAUCUUUGUAUUUUGCAGUUCUGUUUGGAUGUAGCCUCAAUACAAAAUUGACUAGAAUUCCUCUCUUUUCUUUAUGUUUUCAGAAGAUAUGAACAUUUUGAUAUUUAUUUCCUUGCAUUUCGUUCCGUUUCCAAGAGGCAAUCUCGCACUAAGGCUCUUGCAUGAAGAAUUCCUAGGAACAAAAACAAGUGUGUUUAGUAUCAUCAUACCUUCUGUACA